AUGCAUUCUGAACGUACGACCGAUCUGUCAAUUCUUUACUCGAAUUUAAAAUCUCAUCCAACUAAUCAAGAAAAUGUUGUAUUAAUCAAGACGGGUUCUAUGAAUCCUGUUCAUCGUAGUCACAUAUCGAAUAUGGUACGAACUAAACAAUACUUGGAGCGGGUGUAUAAUUUCAAUGUUAUUGGUGGAUAUCUGUCGCCGACUCAUGAUGAAUAUGUUCACAGUAAAUUAGGAAAUGAACUUAUUAGUGGUCAACAUCGUAUUGAAAUGUGUCGAAAAGCUAUUGAAGAAGCUGGUCAGCAACAUUGGUUGAGUGUUGAUAUGGCUGAAUGUAUGGGUAAGUUAAUGGAACUUUUUCAAAUAUAUUUUCAUUCAAGAAGAUGGUAA